GGGUCAGGUCGGCGCUUUUAUCCCGGUACCACCCGGGAGGUACCGGAACAGCCUCCGGGUCCCUCCCCCGCUGCUGCGCGGCGCUGUCGGGGCCGGAUCCGGCUGCGGCUGCGGCUGCCGUGGGGCCGGAGGCGGCUGCGGGGCAGGGCAGGGCUGGGCAGCCCAUGCGGAGGAGCUGACGGCGGCUGCCGCACGGCCGCGGGCAGAGGCAGGCGGAGAGGCGCCCCCGGAGCGCGGCGGCACCAGCAGCAGCCUCCCCGCGCCGCCGCUCCCGGCCCCGGCCCCGGCCCCGGCCCCGGCCCGUCCAUGGCGCUGCCCCUGGGCUGGGCGCUCUGCGGCCUGCUGCUGCCGCUGCUGCUGCCGCCCGCCGCGGGGGAGAGGGCUCCCGGCGCCCCCCUGGACCCCGGCGCCAUCGCAGAGUUCUGCCGCAUCGACCCUGCGCUGUGCCACGCCGAGGAGCAGCAGCUCAGCUUCGAGGCUGUGCGCAACAUCCACAAGCAGAUGGACGACGACGCCAACGGCAACGUGGACGUGGAGGAGAGCGACGAGUUCCUGAGGGAGGACCUCAACUACCAUGACCCCACGGUCAAGCACAGCACCUUCCACGGGGAGGACAAACUCAUCAGUGUGGAAGACCUCUGGAAGGCCUGGAAGACAUCUGAAGUCUACAACUGGACGGUGGAGGAGGUGGUGCAGUGGCUCAUAACCUACGUGGAGCUGCCCCAGUACGAGGAGACCUUCAGGAAGCUGCAGCUGAGUGGCCAUGCCAUGCCCAGGUUGGCUGUGAACAAUGUGACCAUGAUGGGAACUGUGCUGAAGAUGACAGACAGGAGCCACCGGCAGAAGCUGCAGCUGAAGGCCUUGGACACAGUCCUCUUUGGACCUCCUCUGUUGACUCGGCACAACCACCUGAAGGACUUCAUGCUGGUGGUCUCCAUCGUGAUCGGGGUCGGGGGCUGCUGGUUUGCCUACAUCCAGAACCGCUACUCCAAGGAGCACAUGAAGAAGAUGAUGAAGGACCUGGAAGGGCUCCACAGGGCUGAGCAGUCCCUGCACGACCUGCAGGAGAGGCUGCAGAAGGCGCAGGAGGAGCACCGCUCGGUGGAGGUGGAGAAGGUGCACCUGGAGAAGAAGCUGCAGGACGAGAUCAGCAUCGCCAAGCAGGAGGCUCACAGGCUGCGGGAGCUGCGGGAGGGCACCGAGAACGAGCUCAGCAGGCAGAAGUAUGCGGAGCAGGAGCUGGAGCAGGUGCGCAUGGCGCUGAAGAACGCCGAGAAGGAGCUGGAGUCUCACUGCGGCUGGGCUGCCCCCGAGGCGCUGCAGAGGUGGCUGCAGCUGACGCACGAGGUGGAGGUGCAGUACUACAACGUGAAGAAGCAGAACGCCGAGAAGCAGCUGCUGGUGGCCAAGGAGGGGGCUGAGAAGAUCAAGAAGAAGAGGAACACCUUGUUUGGGACCUUCCACGUGGCCCACAGCUCCUCCCUGGAUGAUGUGGACCACAAGAUCCUGACUGCAAAGCAGGCCCUGAGCGAGGUGACGGCGGCGCUGCGGGAGCGGCUCCACCGCUGGCAGCAGAUUGAGCUGCUCUGUGGCUUCCAGAUCGUCACCAACCCUGGCAUCCACAGCCUGGCAGCAGCCCUCAACAUCGACCCCAGCUGGAUGGGCACCCCCAGGCCCAACCCUUCCCACUUCAUCAUGACUGAUGAUGUGGAUGACCUGGACGAGGAGAUUGUGUCCCCCAUGUCCAUCCAAUACGCCCCCUGGCUCCUCGGGCGCAGGCUCAGUGACCGCUCGUCCCUGUCCUCUGAAGACCAAUCCCUCUGGAGAUGUCCUGCUCCUGCCCUGCCCAGCACGGUCCGGCAGCGCCUGGCGGAGCCCCAGCAGCACCUGCACAGCUCCCAGAGGUUGGUAGAGAGUUCUGGGCAGGGCCAGAGUGAGGUGAGCCCUGCCUGGGGCAGCCGGGCGGGAAGAGGCUCCCUCCGCCGGACGCAGAACCUCUCCUGGGGACAGUCCUUCAGCCUGGACCUCGCUGCCACCACCCACCCAGCAUCAUCUCCUGCCACCACCACCACCACCACCACCACCUCCUCCUCCUCCUCCUCCUCCUCCGCUGCUGCUGCUUCUCCUUCUGCUUCUUCCACCUUUUACUCUUCAUGCUCCACCAGCGCCGCCGCCGCUUGCCAUGGCCACCCUGUCUAUUACCAUCACACCACCUCCUCUUAUCUCCUCCAGAUGGACUCCUUCCUUGGGCUGCCCCCUCCUGAUGUCACCUCUGGAGCUCGUUGUCACGCUGAGAGCUUUGGAGACCUAACUCGCUGCGACUCCGACCCCUCCAUCCCGCACCUGAGCGACCCGCAGCGCCCCUGCAGCUCCGCGCCGCGGCUGCUGGCUGCUCGGCCCCACCUGCUCACCAGGUCCAUGGAGGAGCCCCCCCCAGGCCACCCUCCUGCCGGCGCCGUCCCCACGCCCAACGGCGGCAGCCGGCAGGGAGAAGCCUCCUCCGCCUCGCCGGGCUGCUCCCUGCUGCCCGAGAGCCCCAUGGUGAUGAAGAAGAUGAUGAUGGUGGUCAACCACGGCAUGGAGAAGGCUUCCAGCCUGGGGGAGCUGGCCCAGCCCCCCCCGGGCAGGGCAGGGCAGUCGGAUUCGUCUCGCUCGCACAGCCCCAGCUCCACCGAGCCAGAGACCCCCUCCCCCAUCUCUGACGGCCGGCCCGGGGCGGCCAAGAGCACCAGGAUCCCGCAGCUGGCAGCCAAGAAGAGCCCUGGCGAGGAGGACAGCAGCUUGGCAGGAGAGGAGGUGGAGCUGGGCCAGAGCAAGAAGAAAUUCCCCCUAAAGAUCUUCAAGAAGCCCAAGAAAUAGGAGGAGGAGGAGGAGGAGGAAGGAGGAAGGAGGAGGAAGGAGGGAGGGGGAAAGUUUGAGGGGGUGGAGGGAGAGAAGCCCGAAGAAGCAGCACCACCACUGCCCCCACCCCCAGCCCAGGCCAGAAGCAGCAGCUUGACCCAGCUCGGAGCUCGGUGGGCAGAGCCAGAGCCCCCCCGGGGCCCCCCUGCCCUGCCCUGCCCUGCCCUGCCCUGGGCACAGUCGCUGGCAGCAGCUGCAGCUGCUCGAGACUCUUAUUUAUUUCCUGAGCUCAGAAGACAGAAAGGUGAGGAUGAGGAUGAGGAUGAGAGCUCCAACCACCACCACCACCACCCCCCAGAGACCACCUUCAGCCCCUGUUCUUCUCCCCCCCCCCAGCCCCCAGCUUUGCCCACGCAUGGCUUCCAGUUAACUUCUGCCUCUGCUCAACCAAAGCCACCAGAUGGGGGUUUGGUGUCCACCACCUGCCUUGGUUUGGGUGUUCUUCUCCCCCUGUAGUCAGGAUGAAAUGGUUGGGGUUUGGAGCUCUUCUCCUUCUCCUUCUUCUCCUUCUCCUCCUUGCAAGUCCUUCCAACCUUUCUGCUUUCUCCUUGGACCCAAAGACUGUUGCAGAAGGUCACCGUUGGUGGCUUUGGCUUCUUGAGCUGCCUCAAGGCUCCUUCCAACCCCUCAGUGGUUGGGAGAUGGAUGGAGAGGGUGGAAAAAGCCUUCUCCUGGAGCUCUUUGGUGACCAAGAGCACAUCAGAGACCUUCCUGAGGUGCCUCAAGGUCACCACUGGUGGCUUUGGCUUCUUGAGGUGCAGCCUCAAGGUUUCUUCUAAGUUGCCCCCCAACCCAGCACUGGUUGGGAGAUAGAUGGGGGGUGGAGGGCAGAAGCCUUCUCCUGGAGCUCUUUGGUGACCAAGAGCACAUCAGAGACCUUUCUGAGGUGCCUCAAGGUCACCACUGGUGGCUUUGGCUUCUUGAGGUGCAGCCCCAAGGUACCUUCUGGGCUGACCUCCAACACUGGCAAGGGUUGGGAGAUGAUGGAGCAGGGGAGUUAAAACUCCUCCUCCUUGGGGUCCUGCUGACCAAGAGCACCUCAGAGCCCUUCCUGAGGCUCCUCAAGGUUCCUCCCAAGUUGCCCCCCAACCCAGCAGUGGUUGGGAGAUAGAUGGGGGGUGGGGGGCAGAAGCCUUCUGCUGGAGCUCUUUGCUGCCCAAGAGCACCUCAGAGCCCUUCCUGAGGCUCCCUCCAGGUGCAGCCUGCAGCCGAGGCUCUGCCCUCACCUCUCCCUGUGCCUGCAGCCAGAAGCUCUCCCCCAGCUCCUCCCUGCCCUGCUUUGUGCUGGAGGUGGCUGCACCUCGCUGAGCUUCCCCUGCCGGGGUGGAGCUGCUCAGCCAGCCUGGAGCUGCCUGCAGCAGCCUAUGGGUGGCCUGCACCUUUCAGUUCCUCCUGCCAGGCUGGAGGCUCCAGAGCCGGGUGGAGCUGAGGGCCGUGCCCGGGUGGGGUGAGGAGCAGCAGCUGGGGGGGGUGAAGGGAAGGGCUGAGCCCCAGGAGCGGCUGCUGCAGAGCUGGCUCCAGCAGCAGCUCCCCAGGGCAGGAGCCAGCCUCUCUGCUGCUGCCUGGGGACCAGCAUCUGCUCCAGCCUGGCCCCAGGGAGGAGUCCUCACACCAGGCAUGCUCCAGCUCAGCUCCAGGGACCAUCCCUAGAAGUGAGCCCUCUCCAUCUCCAUCCCAGUGAUGAGCCUGGCUCCAUCCCAGGGCUUGAGUCCACCUCCAGGAUGGAUCUCACUCAGUUCCCAGUGGUGAUCCUGGCUCCAGCACCAGUGAUGAGCCUGGCUCCAUCCCAGGGCUUGAGUCCACCUCCAGGAUGGAUCUCACUCAGUUCCCAGUGGUGAUCCUGGCUCCAUCCCAGUGGUGAUCCUGGCUCCAGCACCAGUGAUGAGCCUGGCUCCAUCCCAGGGCUUGAGUCCACCUCCAGGAUGGAUCUCACUCAGUUCCCAGUGGUGAUCCUGGCUCCAUCCCUGUGGUGAUCCUGGCUCCAGCACCAGUGAUUGUCCUGGCUCCAUCCCAAGGCUUGAGUCCAUCUCCAGACAGACUUCCCUCCAUUCCCAGUGGUGCUCCAUGGAAUCCAUCCCAGUGAUGACCUUGGCUCCAUCCCACUGAUGAUGCUUGCUCCAUCCCUAGGGAUGAGUCCAGCUCCAGGAUGAACCUCUCACUCCAUCACCAGGCAUGCUCCUGGCUCCAUCCCAUGCCUGUGUCCAUCUCCAUGGAUCUGCCUCUCUCCAUCCCAUCCAGACUCAACCUUCCAGCCCACACCAGAGGACCUCCAGACCUCCACCCUCCAGCUCCUGAGGCUGCUCCCUGGCACCACAACCUCACCUUGACUCCUCCACCGAGCCCUGAAGGUCUCUUCCCAACCCCCCCUCAGGUGCCACUACCCAGCAGGUCCAAGCUGAGGCUGAGGAGGGCCACGUGUGGCAGGGCAGGAGGAGGCUGCAGAGCAGGCUGUGGGGAGCCCCAGGGGGAGGAGAACCCUUUUGGGUGGCUCUGGAGCAGCAGAAGGGCUCCGGGGGGGGCAGGUGGACAGUUCCCCUGGCCCAGUGCCCCCAGUGCCUCUUGCCUAAGUGCCUGCAGUGGGGGGGGUGGAAGGGGGCACCAGAGGGAGCCAGCAGGAGGGCCCCUGCCCAGGGCUGCUCUCCGUGGUGCAGCCUGGAGACCUUCCUGGCUGCUUCUGGAGCUGCUGCUGGGGCUUGGGGGAUCCACCCCAGAGGGCAGCUUGGGGGGGAGGUGUCCCCCAAGCUGGGGGUGGGGGCUGGGGUCCUGCCAACCUCCCUCCUUUCAUACAGCUUCUGAAGCCAAUAAAGCAUGCAAGGGCCUCUGCA